AUGGAAGUAAAGUUCGUUAUUGGCAAGCUUGGUGACAGGACACCCCAGAAGCCUGAGCCACAAAGAAUUUGCAGAACUCUGUGGCUAACUCCAUGGCCCAGUUUGAUCUUGAAGUUGUUGUCUUGGAUAAUCCUCUCAGAUCUGUUCCUGCACUUAGGAACUACACAGCACAUGAUGGAGCUCCCUCCUGGGUCCUUUUGCAUUGACCCAUCAGAGCAGAAUUUCAGCGAAUAGAUAUCAUGUCAAAUCAUCCAACAGAUGUCCCUUUCAAAUGAGCUGGAACAGAACCAACUAUACGGAGAAGUCAUAAACAAGGAAACAUGCAACCCAAGGAUUUUCAGUGGAUUGGCAUAGCUCUUUGUACAGAAAACUCAGUACACGAAUUAUACAGAGUGUACGAGCAUCGGAAAAUUGACUCUUGCCCCACUUGGGGCUCACACCGCCUGA